AAAGCCCAAACCCUUUCUUUUUUCUUUUUGGUUUUGAGACAGGCUUUCAUGGAACCCAGAAUGGCCUUUGAGGGAGGCGAGGUGGAGAUGCUCCGGCCUCCACUCCUACGGUGCUGGGAUUACAGGCAUGGACCAACACACCCAGUUUAGUAAAGCAUUUUACCAGUUUCAUAUGGAAGACUGGUUAAUUUAAUAAAUCGAGGAAUUGCAUUUUACUCUGAAAAUUAUAUAAUCUCCUUUAAAAAGUAUGAUUCUAAUUCUUACGUUUAAAAUGUAUUGGAAGAGUUCAGGUGGUAAAGUGUUUGCCUAGCACGCAGGAAGCCCUGGGCUCAACCCCAGUGCCACACAAGCUGCAUGUGGUGGCACAUCCGUAAUUUCUAGCACUCAGGAAGGCGAAGGCAGGAGAAUCAGAAGUUCAAGGUUAUUUUCAGCUGUAUAUUGAGGCCAGCACUCUACCUCAAAAAAUAAACAAAUGUGGCCAGGCAUGGUGGCACACACCUUAAUCCCAGGACUCCGGAGGCAGAGGCAGGGGCAGGUGGAUCUCUGUGACUUUGAAUCCAACCUAGCACAUAUAGGGAACUCCUGCCCAUCAAGGGCUAUACAGUUUGAUCCUGUCAUGGCUAUCAGUGGUGGCACACACCUUUAAUCCCAGCACUCGGGAGGCAGAGGCAGGAGGAUCACUGGGAGUUCGAGGCAAGCAAGCCUGGUCUAUAGAGUAAGUUCCGGGACAGCCAAGAUUGUUACACAAAAUGUCUCAACCCCUACCCCCCAAAAAAGCUGACCCUGUCUCAAAAUAAUAAACACAAAAUAUUAGCAUUUUUCCACUCAGAGACACAAAGACACAAUGAGCAGAAGAUGAUGGCAAUUCAGGGGUGGAUUUAAAAGUGAGGGCUUGGGUUAGGGAGAUAGUUCAGUGAUGAGACACUUGCCUAGUGUGUGUGAAACCCUGGAUUCCAUACACAGCAUCACUAACUGACUAACUAAAGGUCCUGGAAUUGGUUCAGAAAUGUACAUGUCACAUAUGCACGGGCAUUCCCUGUGUGGGCUCACCCUGCUACACACCCUCCUCUGAAGGGCAUCUGGCCCAUCAGAUGUCCCCACUGUCUCAUGCCUCUGAGCUUCCCAAGAAGAGACAGUGGGUCUGCUAUGACCCCCACAGGAUUCUGCCCACCUCACAAUGGCCUCCUGAGGUCAUAGCGGAGAUAACUUCACCAGCCCCUGAGCCCACAGCACAAGUCUGCUGAGGCCAACCGUGGGUGAUCAUCCUCGGUCCUCCCUCUGGCCACCCAGGAGGUGUGGCCCAGACCCCUACAGAGGAGCCUCUGAGGGAAGCAGAAGCCAGAACACAGCUCGCCCACUACGGAGAGUAGCCCGGUGGAUACUUCCAGCCGCCACCCUGGAGGUCUUAGCAUCCAGUGCCCUGCAGUCAUCCCCGGGAGAGAUGCAGAGAGACACGUUGCUGGUGUCACCAUCUGCAGCCCCAAAUUCUGCGGCGGCUGUAGACCAAGAUGCCAGCACAUCAGACGACCCGAGCAAGAGAGAGACGGGGCCCUACACCUGUCCCCAAACCGUGCGGAAGCCCAGCAUGUCGAAGGUGAUUCUGAGGGCUGUGGCUGACAAGGGGUUGCACAGACGUGUGUCCCUUGCUGCCUUGAAGAAAGCUGUGAGCACCACAGGCUACAAUAUGGCCCACAACAGCUGGCGCUUCAAGCGUGCGGUCGAGAAUCUAGUGAAGAAAGGCAUGCUCAAGCAGGUAACUGGCAAGGGUGCCUCAGGCUCUUUCCGCCUGGGCAAGAAGCAAGCCUUCAAGUCCAAGCGCAAGGCCAAGAGACGCCAGCGGAGGCAGCAGAGGCAGAAGCCUAGGCAGCGCCGAUCUGGACCACGCCAGUCACUACUAGGCUCUGGAAAGAGCCAUAAAGGGCUUUUCAAGGGAGUUCGUAGGGGGGCCAGAGGCCGCCGCCAUUAAUAAGGCAGGUUAGGCGGGGUACCAGGCUUGCCACAAGCUCAGUGAGAUGGAAAUAAAAGCCCAACUUAUUUCACAA